AGAGGCGGCGGCGGCGGCGGCUCCUGAGGCUGGUCAGGAAUCAGGGCAGUCCGGAGUGCCCGGCCCGGCCCGGCCCCUGCGCGCUCAGCUCCGAAGAGUUCCCUAGAACCUUCAACCAUGGCAGAGUACGGGACCCUCCUACAGGACCUGACUGACAACAUCACCCAUGAGGACCUGGAACAGCUUAAGUCUGCCUGCAAAGAAGAUAUCCCAAGUGAGAAGAGUGAGGAGAUCACUACUGGGAGUGCCUGGUUUCACUUCCUCGAGACCCACAACAAGUUGGACAAAGAUAACCUGUCCUACAUAGAGCACAUCUUUGAGAUUUCAAGGCGACCAGACCUGCUUACCAUGGUGGUUGACUACAGGACCCGUGUGCUAAAGAUCUCUGAGGAGGACGAGCUGGACACUAAACUGACCCGCAUUCCUAGUGCCAAGAAGUACAAAGACAUCAUCCGGCAGCCCUCAGAGGAAGAAAUCAUCAAGCUGGCCCCCCCGCCAAAGAAGGCUUGAAGGAGGAGGAGGAGGAAGAGGAGGAAGGUUGGACCUUCAGUGGACCACCCCCAUCCUCCUGGGGAGGGGGCAGGGGCAAGCACUGCACCACCACCCCCUACCCUACCUAUUCACUAACCUGGUCUUAACCACUCCCAAUUGUGUGUGUGCGUGUGUGUGCGCACGCUCUGGCUGUCUGUCUGUCCGUCUAGCUCGCCUAGUCCCCCCUGGGUGGGUGGGGGGGGCAGGGUAUGGGGUCUUAGUCCCCCCACUCUAGGGGGAGGUGGGGGCUAUUUCUAUGCAAAUAGAAAUCAGCACAGUCCCCCUGCAUCUCCCACUUCCACUCCCUUACCUCCUUAUGCCGCCCCCCAAAAAGUCUAGGAGCAGAGGGGGGUUGAUUUUUCCCAAUGAAAUGAGGAAAGAUGGGGAUGAGGAAAACUAAGAAUGUUGAGGGGUUGGGAAGGGCCCAUUCAGGGCUGAGAAGAGAGAAGACGUAAGGAAAGAGUAAAGUAGUAGUUCUAGGCCAGUGUGGCCCAGGAGUGGACCUGAGCUCCCCACUUGGGAAAGGCUCAGUGAGGUCAAUAUUCAUGCACUGCAGUUGAGCUAUAGGGCAGAUCCCCUCUAUGCCCUCCCUCCAUUCUCUAACAGGAUGGAAGGGCAUGAAUAAACAAACCCCUUUUCACUUUUCUCUAACCCACCUGAGAUGGGUAUAAGAAGCUCUCUAAAGUUGAAACCCCUGUUUGCUUUCCAUUCUAGAAAGGCAGAGGAAGUGGGAGGCCAAAGCUGAGGGAGGAUGGCAGGGAGCAAGUGUCCCUCCCUUGCUCCUCCAUUCAUCUUCUGUGACUGUUUCAUGAGGCACUGGACCUGCGGGUUCCAAUUCCAAUCUAUCCCUACUUUCAGGGCCCAUUCCCCCACCAUUGGCUAAUGGGGAAUUGCCCCUGUUUCUUCAAACUUGGAAUGCCCCCAGACAAUAGAGAAGGGGAGGGGGAAACUACAGUAUUUUCUUUUGCACUAAUUUUGCACCCCUAGGCAAGAGACCUGGCUCAGUCUGGGAGGGAGAGCACUAAUAUCACUCCUCCACUUGGCCCCAUUUCCUGGCCCCUUGGGUUUAUGGCCAUUUCCUAGCCAAACCACUAGGGAGUACUGACCCCAGCCUAUGGACCCCAAGAUGCCCCUCCCUACCCUGACCGUGCUAACUGUGUGUACAUAUAUAUUCUACAUAUAUGUAUAUUAAACCCGCACUGCCAUGUUUGCCCUUUUGUGGUUUCUAGCGUUAACUUAUUGUUUAGAUCAGACCAGAGAGCUUGGGGAAAGGGAGUAGGGUGGGCGAUGGGGUGGCAUAGAAGGGCUGCCACACAGCCAAAACAGAAGAGUAGGCAAUUCUUAAAAAAAAAAAAAAAAAAAAAAAAAAAAAAAG